AUGCCUAAGCGACUAAUAACAACCUAUGCUCUCUGGGCAGUGGGAGGCCCACUGGGUCUUCAUCACUUGUACCUCAGGAGAGACAGCCAUGCUCUCUUGUGGAUGCUCACUCUGGGUGGUUUUGGGUUCGGCUGGUUCCGAGAGUUCUUCCGAAUCCCAGCUUACGUUAGCGAAGCCAACAAAGAAGCAGUGAGAGUCAAACGCCUGCCCAGCACUCCUCCACCAAUAGGCUUGGUUCGUUUUGCUGGUCAGAUUUGCGUUGGCAUUUACUUUGGCUCAGUUGCUUUGAUUAGUCUGAACUCUCUGAGUUUCUUCUACGUGCUUGUGCUGCCGUUGAGUGUUGGUGCGGGGGUCCACCUGGUGUCCUGUAUUGGUCAGCAGACUUCGGACCUACAGAAGACCCUCACUGCUUGUAUCAUAACCUCAUCCAUAUUCUAUGGCAGCACACUCGCACCUCUACCCAUCAGCAUAGCAGCUAGUGUCACUGCAGCACAACAUCGAAAGUUUAAACUUCCCAAACAUCCAGGAUCUCCACCAGAGCCACUCGGACCUCGCCUCUAUCGCCUUAGCCUUGCACUGCUGGCUUUCUCAGCUCCUCUAGGAUACUGCAUUUUUCACAACACCACAGCUACUUUAUACUACAUUUCAGACUGCGUGGCAGCGUUUCUCGACAUGUUUUGGUUCAUUCCUUGGCUCAGAGGGGUUUUGGAGUUCUUUCUGCUGUUGCCAUACCAGAUCUUGUGUACACUGACUGGAGGGAGUUACUACGAGGAGAGCUGGAAGAAGGUUCUGGAAAUACUUCUUAAUGAAUACAGCAAACGAGAGAUUGACGCAAUGAAGGUUCUAUCAGUGCCUGAGGGAGCUACGCUGGAGGAGAUCUCUCACAGCUACAGGGAGCUCGCUAAAUUAUGGCACCCAGACCGCAACCCCAAGAAGAAACAAGAGGCAGAAGAGAUGUUCAUUAAACUCAAUGAGGCGUAUGAGACGCUGCUCCACAGACAUAAACCUCAAAGCAGGAAAUGACUUCAGACUACAUGUCUGUCGUAGUCUGCCAUCAAGUGGUUAUGAAGUGUACUGUCUUUAAGUUUGGAGUCACUGAGUUAAAUUGACACACUACCACUCAUCACAGUCUGGGUAAGAAAAAAAAAAACCAGGCAUAUAUAAUAUCAUUACUUUGACUGUUGGUCACAUUGCAAAUUGUGUCCAUACAGAAUGACCGAACUCAUUUGUGUGGCACUGUGACACAACAUGUGUUUGUCCUAUGUCCAUAUGGGUUUCUUCCAGGUUCUUCAGUUUCCUCCCAUUUCUGCAAAACAUGCCAGUAGAUGGUUUCAUGACACUUCAGAAUGAGAUUGUGUGUGUUUGUGAGUGUGAGUGUGAGAUACCCUGCACUGAACUGGCGUCCUCCCCAGGGUGUUCCCAGGACAGGUUCCAGAUCCACUAAGAUCCUAACUUUUACUGAUGUCACAUCAAGUAGAACUUUAUUAUCAUCUCAAUCAUACACUACAUAGAGUAUACAGUGAGAGGAAAUACAUUUCUCCUGGACCCAUGUCGGCAGCACGGUGGUGUAGUGGUGAGCACUGUCACCUCACAGCAAGAAGGUCCUGGGUUCGAGCCCCGUGGCCGGCGAGGGCCUUUCUGUGCGGAGUUUGCAUGUUCUCCCCGUGUCUGCGUGGGUUUCCUCCGGGUGCUCCGGUUUCCCCCACAGUCCAAAGACAUGCAGGUUAGGCUAAGUGGUGGCUCUAAAUUGACCAUAGGUGUGAAUGUAAAGGUGUGUGAAUGGUUGUUUGUCUCUGUGUCAGCCCUGCGAUGAUCUGGUGACUUGUCCAGGGUGUACCCCGCCUCUCGUCCAUAAUCAGCUGGGAUAGGCUCCAGCUUGCCUGCGACCCUGUAUAAGAUAAGUGGCUACAGAUAAUGGAUGGAUGGAUGGAUGGACCCAUGUCUAACUGAACGAAUCGACAAAUUUUCAGCCAAAUUUGUUCUGUGGAGAAAAGAUUUUUGUUCAUUGCUCCAUUAUUUAGAACAGAAUAGCUGCUUUUACUUGUACUUUAAAUAAUUUAGCAGACACAUUUUUUUCAAA